AUGAAAUUAACAACCCUGACAACAAAUGACUUCAUUACUGUUAUGGAUCAAUCUCGUUCUUCUAUCAAAGCAAAAGAAUUAUAUAUGUGUACUCGAAAUGCAAAUAUUUCUGUCCAAAAUUUUGAAGAUAUCGUUUCAAUUUUGAAAUCACUCCAGAAAUACAUGAAACUUCGAAUACUUGAUGGCGUUAUUAAUUUUUUAAUACAAACGCAUAAAGAAAUAUCUUCUUCCUCAGAGAAAAUACAGAAUCCUCAAUCAGAAGAAACAUUUCAAAAUCAACCACCAAAAAGUGACAAAAAAUUUGAAUUACUUAAUUCCCAACUCAAUCAAAUUAAUGAAAAGAACAGUAAAGAGCGAGAAAUUCUUGCAGAAAUUUCAGAACUUAAGAAAUCUAAUGAUUUUGAACGAGUUUACAACUUCCUUGAUCAGCUUUCAUCCCAAGGCAAUCGCAAAAUGAUUUCAAAAUCAUGUGACGAAGGACUUUUAGAAAAGAAAUACCAAAAAUCUCCAGAUGAUAUAGAACAUGUACUUCAUGUAGCAAGUGAAAAGGGAAAUCUUUCUCUUGUUAAAUCUCUUAUUGAAUAUGGCAUCGACAAAGAUUUAAAGAGUUCUUUUGGAAAUACACCACUUGUAUAUGCAUCAUGGAAAGGUCAUCUUGAAGUUGUUAAAUAUCUUAUCUCAGUUGGAGCUGAUAAAGAUGGAAAGUCUAAUGAUGGAUGGACUUCACUCAUUCUUGCAUCAUAUUAUGGUCAUCUUGAAGUUGUUCAAUAUCUUAUCUCAGUUGGAGCUGAUAAAGAUGGAAAGAAUAAUGAUGGAUAUACUCCACUCAUUCUUGCAUCAUUAAAUGGCCAUCUUGAAGUUGCUCAAUAUCUUAUCUCAGUUGGAGCAGAUAAAGAAGCAAAGGAUAAUUCUGAAAAUACUCCACUCAUUUGGGCAUCAUGGAAAGGUCAUCUUGAAGUUGUUAAAUAUCUUAUCUCAGUUGGAGCUAAUAAAGAAGCAAAGAAUAAAGAUGGAUGGACUUCACUCAUUCUUGCAUCAUCUAAUGGCCAUCUUGAAGUUGCUCAAUAUCUUAUCUCAGUUGGAGCUGAUAAAGAUGGAAAGAAUAAUGAUGGAUCUACUCCACUCAUUCUUGCAUCAUCUAAUGGCCAUCUUGAAGUUGUUAAAUAUCUUAUCUCAGUUGGAGCCAACAAAGAAGCAAAGACCAAUUCUGGAAAAACUGCACUCUCAUAUGCAAAAGAUAAUGUCAGAGAUUAUCUAAAAUCUAUUGGAGCCAAAUAA